UGUGACAGAAAAUCAAUCAUCUUUUUCUUUCUUUUUGCCUUGAGCCGGAGAGUGCUUGGUCAGGUGGCGCACGCUGCUGUAAUAAAUUGCAAAAAUGACUGAAACUCUUAAGCCAAGAGGUAUCCUUUGUGGACACAAUGGGUGGGUUACCCAAAUCGCAACCAACCCUAAAUAUCCUGACAUGAUUUUAUCAUCGUCUCGAGACAAAACCUUGAUUGUAUGGAAGUUGAUCAGGGACGAAACCAACUACGGCGUACCUUUGAAGCGUCUUUACGGUCACUCCCACUUUAUUUCGGACGUAGUUUUGUCUAGCGACGGGAACUACGCACUGUCCGGUUCCUGGGACAAGACUCUCCGACUUUGGGAUCUCCAAGCCGGAAAAACCACAAGGCGUUUCGAAGACCAUACUAAGGAUGUACUAUCUGUGGCGUUCUCUGUGGACAACCGCCAGAUUGUGUCUGGCUCAAGGGACAAGACAAUCAAGUUGUGGAACACCCUUGCUGAGUGCAAGUACACCAUCCAAGAUGACGGCCACAGUGACUGGGUGUCAUGCGUCAGGUUCUCACCCAACCAUGCUAACCCGAUCAUUGUAUCUGCCGGAUGGGACAGGACUGUUAAGGUCUGGCACUUGACCAACUGCAAGCUGAAGAUCAACCACCUUGGUCACUCUGGAUACCUGAACACAGUGACAGUGUCUCCCGAUGGCUCCCUGUGUGCGUCUGGUGGCAAGGACAUGAAGGCUAUGCUGUGGGACCUGAAUGAUGGCAAGCAUCUUCACACCCUGGAUCACAAUGACAUCAUCACAGCAUUGUGCUUCUCACCAAACAGAUACUGGCUCUGUGCUGCCUUUGGGCCCUCAAUCAAGAUCUGGGAUCUGGAAAGCAAGGAAAUGGUUGAAGAGCUGAAGCCUGAUGUCAUCAACCAGCAGACGACGCCAACAAAGACUGACCCACCUCAGUGUCUCUCACUUGCCUGGUCUACCGACGGUCAAACACUCUUUGCUGGUUACUCCGACAACAUUAUCCGAGUCUGGCAGGUUUCAGUCUCAGCCCGAUAAUUUUGUGAUAAGGACAAGAAUUUCAUUUAUUUUUGUCCUCGAGUAAUAAGUACAAGUAUAAAAAUAAAUGGAAUUGGCUGAAUA